AUGAGUUGCUUAAAACCUGAAGCAGACAUACGUGUCUGUGUGGAUAUGAGAAGAGCCAACGAGGCAAUCGAAAGAGAAAGGCAUUCUAUCCCCACGAAUGAAGAGGUUCUACAUGACUUUAAAUUGGUGAACUGUGUUCAGUAAAUUAGAUUUGAAGUGGGGCUUCCACCAGGUGGGACCUGAAGCUAAUCACGUUGUAUUACAACCUUCAUUACACACCGAGGUCUUUUCCAGUACAAGGAUUAAUGUUCGGAAUUACCUCAGGGCCUGAGAAAUAUCAGAAGAUCGUCAAAGAUGUGUUGAUUGGUUGUAAAAGAAUUGCAAAUAUUGCUGACGACCUGAUCAUCCAUGGAUGGGGAAUCAUAGAACAUGAUGAGCAUCUGCUGGCUGUUCUGCGCCGUCUCAGAGAACGUGGAAUAACUCUAAAUGAGAAAACGUGACAGUUAAGACUUCCAAAACUAACAUCGUUUGGACGUGACUUGAGCAGUAAAGGAAUCGCUCCUAGUGAAGAGAAGGUGUCUGCAGUUCAAAAUGCCAGUUCUCGACAGAGUAUCGCAGAGAUCAGAUCUUCCUUAGGCCUUGUACAGUAUGGUGCCAAGUUCUUACCAGGUUUUCCCGCUCAGAAUGCUGACGAGAAAAGACCAACAGUUUUUGUGGGAAGAAGCCCAGAAGAAAUCCUUCCACUAAUGGAAAGAUCUGCUAAAACGAGCAGAAACACUUGCUUACUUCAAGAAUGAAUGCGGGACAGUCAUUGUUGCUGAUGCUGGUCCCACAGGCAUAGGAGCUGUCCUCACAUAGCUAUAAACAAGAUGGCCUGUGGAGAGUAAUUUCUUAUGCAUUCUUACUGACGUGGAAAGGAGCUAUUCCCUUGCCUUGGUAUGGGCUUGUCGCAGACAUUCAAGCUGUAUGUUUUUGGUCGAGAGUUGGAGACUGACCAUAAGCUGAGCUGAGCUGGAGUCUGACCAUAAGCCUUUACAGUACAUCUACAACGAGUCCUCAACGCUAUCUGCAGGAAUAGAACUAUGGGUCUUUCGCCUACAAGGUUCAAACUUUAAAGUGAUCUAUAGUCCUAGCAAGACAAACAUCACAGAUGCUCUCUCAAGAUUAAAUUAUGUGAAUCAGGAAGAUUACAGUGGCAAGGAAGCCGACCUU